ACCGAAGAGUGAUAGCUGGCGUUUUCAACGUGAUUACCAGUUUACAGGAAACCAUUCCGACCCGGAAUCGAGCCCCAAGCAUACGCUUCCAACGCAGCCGGGAAAGACUGAACCGGCGAUUCUUGGACUUGGCUACUCGCUCUUCUAUAAAUUGGCUGCACUCCUCCUCCCACAACAUCCAGCCCAGUUCUCCACACACAGAGAUGGCUUCCGUGAUCAUUAACAAGCCUUCGGCAACGGCUGCCUCAGUAUUUGGUUACGGGAAGCUACAUGUGGAUACGAUUCCAGCGAAACAAUCUGAUGAAUCCUCUCCGCCGAAGGAUAUUCUGGUAGUCUGUCCUAAGGUUGCAGGGACCUACACGGUUGUUCUCUUCAUCCAAGGUUACCUUCUCUCUAACGCAUACUACACCCAGCUCCUGCAACAUGUUGCCUCUCAUGGAUUCAUUCUGAUUGCACCACAGUGCAUCGUCGUAUCACCUUACUCCGAAGAAGACAUCACCUCUGCAGCUGCCGUCACCAACUGGCUCUCUGAUGGGCUCCAAUCCGUGCUCCCCACCGGAGUCGAAGCCAACCUUGACAAGCUCGCUUUAGCCGGACAUAGCAGAGGUGGCCAUGCAGCCUUCGCUCUAGCACUUGGCCAUGCGGAAACGACGCUAAAAUUCUCUCUACUAAUGGGUAUCGACCCAGUGGCCGGACCGAGCAAGUGCUGCCAAAUCCCACCUAAAAUCCUCACCUACGAGCCCUCCUCCUUCGAACUAGAGAUCCCAGUCUUGGUGCUCGGAACCGGGCUCGGAUCGGAGCAAAAAAACAUACUUUUUCCUGCUUGUGCUCCAAAUGGAGUCAACCACAAGGAGUUCUACAGUGAGUGCAAGCCACCAUGCUACCAUUUUGUGGUCACGGACUAUGGUCAUCUGGACAUGUUGGAUGAUACUGCUCCCAAGAUCACGAAGUGUGUGUGCAAGAAUGGGACUAAUUGUAGAGAGAUCAUGAGGAGGACUACUGGGGGGAUUAUGACUGCGUUCUUAAAGGCUUAUUUGCUAGAUCUGGAAGAAGAUCUAAAGGCCAUAGCUGAUGAUCCUCAGAUUGCCCCAACUAAGCUUGAUCCAGUUUCUUACCGUCUGGAAUGAGAAGCUUCGCGCUUUAAAUUGCUCGAGAAGUUAUCCUGCUGUAUAUUUGAAGCUACGGCCGCUGCAUGUAGAGGAAGCUAGAAUUCGUGUGUUAUGUAAUUAAUUGUGUCCGAGUACGUACAUCUAAGACUGUGCAAAUGCAUGUUGGCAUUCGAAGGGUAUUUUUCUAUUAUUGUUAUUACUAAUCUUCUUGUUGUUUGUUCGCAAUGUAAGUUUGAUUCUGAUGCAUGUUGACAGUGUAAGAGUUCUUCUCCGUUAUUAUUAUUAUUAUUAUUCUUAUAAU